UCGUAGGUCAGUUACCGCCCGACCGCAGGGGAGCAUGGCUGCGUCAAAAGUUUUACCGCGAUCUCGCACUCACUGUUUACAUGCGCUAUAAAACGAAGUGUACACAACAACAAGGACUUAAUAAUAUUGACUGUUUGGUGACAUAAAGUUUUAACAAGUACUUCAGUGAUAUAUUUGUGACAAAUGAACUAUUUUAAAGUGGCAAAAUGACCAGAAACUUUAACGGAAUGGUUUCGUUAAAAGUUUGGAUGUGUUUGGUUUUCGUGGCCGGUGCGCGCGCACGUUCCGCGCCGCCCGCCCCCACCGGCUGUCAUUGGGACUAUUCGGACACAAAGUUGAGUGAAUCAAACUUUCUCACGUGUAACAUUAAAACCAUCGGCUCCGUCGACUUCUUGUUUAAAAACAUCACUACGGCGCAGGCGUACAACAUCAACAAGUUGAAACUGACAUGCACGGAUUUGUUGUUCUUCGAAAGUUCUUUACACAUGAAUACCGGCAGUUUUUUGGGCCAGCUGCGAAAACUUGAGGACCUGCGCAUUGAGUACUGUAAGAUACGGUACGUGCCUGCUACUGUCCUGUCUCCGCUACGUGAUUUAACAAGUUUAACUCUGCGUUCCUACAAUACGGAUUGGCCUGCAAUGACUAUGGAGUUUCACGCUGAAAGUUUUCGUGGACUAAUGGAACUUCGGACGUUGGACCUAGGUGACAACAAUAUUUACAUGUUGCCGUCUGAGGUAUUCUGUCCGCUUUUUAGUUUGGAAUCUUUGAAUCUUACCAACAACAGAAUUCAAGAUAUAUCUGAAAUUGGCUUCUCGGAUUGGGGUAAAGGACCUAUCGCGCCUGGCAAAUCAUGCAAUACCGGGCUGAAGAUGCUUGAUUUAUCUCACAACAACAUUCUACGACUUCCGGACAACGGUCUUUCUAGUUUAAGAUCUUUAGAAGUGUUGAAUAUUCAGAACAACUUAAUUAAUGAAAUAGGCGACAGAGCCUUUGUCGGAUUGAAUUCAUUAAAAAUUCUGAACUUGUCGGGAAAUAAGUUAGUCGCUGUCCCUCCCGAACUAUUUCAAUCAUCACGAGUUAUCAAAGAAAUCUCAUUAGCGAAUAAUUCGCUUUCUGUGUUGGCUCCGGGAUUACUUGAAGGACUUGAUCAGCUUGAGAAAUUGGAUUUAUCUAGAAACCGACUUACAAACGAUUGGGUUAACAGAGAUACUUUUGCUGGACUUAUCCGUCUAGUUAUAUUGAACUUAUCUUAUAACUCGCUUGCACGUUUGGAUCCUAAGUCUUUUCAUGACUUGAAUACCUUACAAGUUUUGAACUUGGACAACAAUGCUAUUGAGGUUAUCAGCAACGGAGCAUUUGCUGAGCUUAAGAAUUUGCAUCAGCUGUCGAUAUCAGACAACAAAAUAAAAACACUGAAUGAACACAUAUUUUCCAACUUGUUUGUUCUUAGUCAGCUGUAUUUAGACAACAAUUUGAUAUCAACAAUCCACGAAAGCUGUUUUGAAAACAUUACUUAUUUACAAGACUUAGGCCUAAAUGGAAACAAUUUGAACACUGUUCCUGAUGGUAUUAAGAAGCUAAGAUUUUUGAAAUCAUUGGAUAUUGGAAAGAAUAACAUAUCAAAAGUAGCAAACACAUCUUUUGAAGGAUUAGAAGAGCUCUAUGGACUACGCCUUGUUGACAAUCAGAUCACAAGCGUACUGAAGGAUACGUUUAGUACUUUGCCGUCCUUGCAAGUGCUAAAUUUGGCAUCUAACAAAAUAGACACAAUUGAACAAGACGCGUUUUUAUCUAAUCCGACUUUAAAAGCAAUCCGCUUAGACGGGAACAAACUGACCGACAUCCGAGGUGUCUUCAACAAACUAAAUACCCUCGGUUGGCUUAACAUAUCCGACAAUAAACUUAUUUACUUUGACUAUAGCUACAUGCCAGCAAGCCUUGAAUGGUUGGACAUACACAGCAACAAUAUUGCAAAACUAGAAAACGAAAAGAAUGCUCAACAAAACAUCCGAAUGCUUGAUGUUAGUUACAAUGCAUUGGAAGACGUCGAUGAAAGGUCGAUACCUGAUUCUAUUGAAGUCCUUUUCUUAAAUAACAACAAAAUUCACACGAUUCACCCAGGUACGUUUUUACAAAAACGUAACUUAGAAAAGGUUGUCGUGACUGACAAUAAAUUGAGAACCGUUGAACUGUCGGCGUUUACGUUGCCCCAUAUACCGAAGCAUAGAAUGCUGCCAAAAUUCUUUAUUGGAAAUAAUCCAUUUGUAUGCAAUUGUCACAUGAUUUGGCUGCAAAAGAUAAAUCUUUGGAACCAUAUGAGGCAAUAUCCGAGAUUCAUGGAUUUGGAUACAGUAACAUGUGAAGUUGUGAAUAACAAGUAUGGAGGAAAAGCUAAUCUUAUGGAUGUUCCUGAAACUCAGUUCCUUUGUUCUUAUGAAACUCAUUGCUCGUCUAGUUGUUUCUGCUGUGAUUUUGAAGCCUGUGACUGCAAAAUGACUUGUCCCGACGGCUGUUCCUGUUUCCAUGACAGCAACUGGAACUCAAAUGUCAUUGAUUGUUCAAACGUGGGCUACACAGAAAUACCCGAGAAAAUACCGAUGGAUGCGACGGAGCUAUAUUUGGACGGCAAUGAUUUCCGUGCCUUAAAUAGUCACCUUUUUAUUGGCAAGAAGAAAUUACACAAGCUUUACCUUAACAAUAGUAACAUUGCCAAUAUUGACAAUGACACCUUAAAUGGUUUGCAUUCAUUAAAUGUCCUUCACCUUGAAAAUAACCAUCUGACUGAGCUGUCUGCUGGAGUGUUCUCGCAAACAAAACACUUGAGGGAGUUAUACUUGAAUGAUAACCUCUUGACAAGUGUCGCAAACAAGACUUUUGAGAACCUGUCAUCUUUAAGAGUUGCGCACUUCCAAGGAAACAAGAUUCUCGACCUUGAUAAAAAAUUAGCGCACGUAUCCCAUUUGGAAAGCGUCAACCUUCAAGGAAACUUGUUCACAUGUACAUGUGAAAACAUCAUGGCUCUUCAAAACUGGUUCAAAAAGUACUAUGAAGAUCCCGCCGAAAUGUUGUGUGUUAGUGAAAAUGGACUCAUAUCGAACUAUACUGUGUUUGAUGCAAUUGAUAAGUGUCGUGAUUCUAGUGAUAUGGACAAUACUAUUCCUACUGAAAACCAACCGUAUCAGUAUGAUGAAGUGAGCCCCAUUAAACUGAACUUUGUGCCACUUUUAGCUGUAGUUUUGAUAAGUGUUAUUCUUAUUCUAUUAUUCGGUGCCUUAGCGUUUUCGUUCAGACAAAAUGUCCGCUUAUGGGCACACUCCAAAUAUGGAGUUAGAUUGUUCAAAAGUGCUUCAAUCCAAGAGAGUGAACUCGAUAGAGAUAGAUUGUACGAUGGAUACGCUGUGUACAGUUUAUUGGACGAUGAUUUUGUAUCUAAAGUUGUUGCUCCAGAAAUGGAACAUUCCGGUUACACGAUGUGCUUUCAUUAUAGAGAUUUACAACAUACACCUGAUAAUUACUUGUCUGAGCAAAUAACAAAUGCUGCAGAAUCAUCAAAGAGAAUAUUAGUAUUUGUGUCAUUUAAUUUUCUACAAAAUGAAUGGUCUAAAGCUACUUUUAAAGCAGCCAUGAAACAUGUAAUAACUUCUAUUCAUCCCUCAAUAAGGCGACAUAGAGUAGUUUUUAUCUUAACAACUGACGUUAGUGCUCUAAACUUAGAUCUAGAUUUCCAAAAUUAUUUGAAAACUUGCAACGUUUUAUUGUGGGGUGAAAAGAAGUUUUGGGAGAAAAUUAGGUUUGUAAUGCCAGACAUUUCUAAUUUACAUUGGAACAAAGAUACAAUGAAUUACAAUCAUGGCGUGUGUCCAAAUGGUAGACGGCAUCCUUCCAGAUACACGGCUUCGCCUACUGCGCCGGAACAUUGGUACAAGUACGACGCAAUACCGCCUCAAACGCCUACUACUGCUAAUGUAGGCAUUACUAUUGAGGAUGACACGUCGAUGUUAACUAACACUACGUUGACAAGUCAGAUUCAAGAUGGGGAGAAUUUACAUCAUAGCUAUAUAUCUAUUGAUACACAAAAUUAUGAGCAACCCUACGGCGGCCGGCCUAGGCCUCCUAAUACGUUGCGCAAACAUCCUGGCCACCACUCCCCAUCUAUGCUCGAUGAGCAGGGUUACUUACAACCUCGCUCAUCUGUGCACGACUGCUUGCCACAAACUCAUUCAGCCGUGCACAGAUGAUAAGAUUGUUAAACUCUUCUUAUCGGUAAAGAUACUUCGUAAUGGAAGUUGACAUUCCAAGCGCAUGUGUAGACUAGACCGCUUUUUAAGUUGGCCAUGCCUUACUGAAACGUGAUACUUUAAAUAUGUUGGUUUAGAUAAUUUGGCCAAAUUGACUUCGUUCCUCAAUACUUCGGACAUUGUCGUGUUAAAAGACUGUAUUGUUAAAUGUAUUCUAAACGUAUCUAUGUAGAAUGAAGCCUUAUUGUAUUUCAUUGUAUAAAGCUAUAUGAAUUGUUAUCCAUUAAGACUGAUACAUAAUAUUGUAUAAACAAAAUGCCAGUAUCAGGAGUGCAGACUAGCAUGAGUAUUUUGAUAUAGUAUAUCUCAUUGUUACCAAAUAUUUUGUAGAUAGACAUUACUAAUCCUUGUAUAAAAUUAUUAUUGUAUAGUAUUACUAGUCAUUAGGUAAAAUUAUUGCAUAGUGUUGAAAAUUUGUAGAUACUUAGUUACAUAUUUGGUGAUACCUAUAUUAAUAAUGUUAUUGUUGGAAAGAAUUUGUAUCAAUUUAUGUGAAUCUUGAUAUCGCUAAGUAUGUAACUGACUAUUUGUAUAUUGUAUUGUAUAAUAUUCUUGACUGUUACAUUCUAAUAAUUUAAAAAUAAACCAAUAUCAUCAAAUAUAA